AUGACGGGAGUCUGUACCAGUGGAGGUUGUGCUGCCGGGUGGGAGGGAGACAGUUGUCAGACAGCUUGUACUGCUGGAACAUUUGGGCAGGACUGUACCAGUACCUGUCACUGUGCGAGUGGAGGUUCUGUUUGUGACGUCAUGAUUGGAGUCUGCUCUAGCGGAGGCUGUGCGGCUGGCUGGAAAGGAAACGACUGUCAGACAGUGUGUGGGUCUGGUGAGUUCGGGCCCGGCUGUACCGGUACCUGUCACUGUGCGAGUGGAAAUGACGUGUGUAACGUCUUAACUGGAAUCUGUGGCAGUGGAGGGUGUGAGGCUGGCUGGAAGGAAAACGACUGUCAAACAGAGUGCAGCCCCGGUGAGUUUGGACCCGGCUGUACCGGUGACUGUCACUGUGAGAGUGGAGGUUCUGUCUGUAACAUCACGACUGGAGUCUGUAGCAGUGGAGGGUGUGAGGCUGGGUGGAAAGGAGUCAGCUCCUGCAGCCUUGGUGAGUUCGGGCCCGGCUGUACCAGUACCUGUCACUGUCUGACCGGAGAUUCCGCCUGUAACGUCCAGACUGGAGCCUGUACUGGAGGCUGUGCUGCCGGGUGGAAAGGAAGCGACUGUCAAACAGCCUGCAGUCACGGUGAGUUCGGCCCCGACUGUGCGAACACCUGUCACUGUGCGGCCGGAGAUUCAGUUUGUCCCGCCGACACCGGAGUCUGUACCAGUGGAGGGUGUGCUGCAGGGUGGGAGGGGGUCAGUUCCGCUUGUCAGACAGCAUGCUCGGGUGGUACAUUUGGACCAGACUGUACCGGCACCUGUCACUGUCUGAACGGAAAUGACGCCUGUAACAUCCAGACUGGAGUCUGUACUGGAGGCUGUGCUGCCGGGUGGAAAGGAAGCGACUGUCAAACAGCCUGCAGUCACGGUGAGUUCGGCCCCGACUGUGCUCACACCUGUCACUGUGCGGCCGGAGAUUCAGUUUGUCCCGCCGACACCGGAGUCUGUACCAGUGGAGGGUGUGCUGCAGGGUGGGAGGGGGUCAGUUCCGCUUGUCAGACAGCAUGCUCGGGUGGUACAUUCGGACCAGACUGUACCGGUACCUGUCACUGUCUGACCGGAGAUUCCGCCUGUAACAUCCAGACUGGAGUCUGUACUGGAGGCUGUGCUGCCGGCUGGAAAGGAGACGACUGUGGGACAGUGUGUGAGUCAGGAGAGUUCGGCCCCGGCUGUACCAGUACCUGUCACUGUCUGACCGGAGAUUCCGCCUGUAGCAUUCAGACUGGAGCCUGUACUGGAGGCUGUGCUGCCGGCUGGAAAGGAAACGACUGUCAAACAGCGGGAGUGCCAAGUCGCUUUGCGGCCCCGUUUGUAAACAGAAAUUUUUCAAGUCGACUUCGCUGCGCGGCCGGUUGGAAGGGAAGCAAUUGUCAGACAGUCUGCGAUGCUGGAGAGUUCGGGCCCGGUUGUACCGACACCUGUCACUGUGCGAAUGGGGGUGACGUGUGCAACAAAACCAACGGAGUAUGCUCUACUGGAGGGUGUGCAACCGGUUGGAAAGGGGAUAGCUGUCAGAUGGCAUGUGACGGUUCUUACGGGCCCGACUGCAUCACCAUGUGUGGUUACUGUUACCUGGGUCAGACCUGUGACAGGUUUGACGGAACAUGUCCGACUGGUCAGGAACACCUGUGUGCAGCUGGAUACCAUGGGGAGAACUGUGAUCAGGGCUGCAAUGCUGGUACAUACGGAUACGACUGCGAGGAUAAUUGUGGAUGGUGUACAACAGGCAGUACUUGUAAUGCUGCUACUGGCAUCUGUGAGUCCGGGUGUCAGCCGCCAUGGGGCUUGGAUAUGUGCAAAGAAAUUCUUGCCGAGGUAACAGAACAUCCUGACGACCUGAGCCUACCUCUCAACCAUCCGGCCACCUUCACAUGUGUCAGUCUUGGCGAUCCUCUCCCAACCCUGACUUGGUAUCAUGAUGGUGACCUGGUUUCAAAUGGAGAUCAAAUCAAAAUAAAUACCGCACAGAACUCCACCACACACACAGUCAGUAGUACCCUGACCAUCAACACAGUAAAGCGGGAGGACAAUGGACAGUACCACUGCAGGUCCAUGAAUGGCACGAAUUCAGACAUGUCACAACAAGCAACUUUAGCAGUGCUAGAGCGGCCAGAAGAUGUUACAGUUCGUCUAACUUCCCCUAGCUCCACAACACUGCAAGUCGCAUGGACAGUAGGGUUUACCGGGAACCUCGACAUUAACGCGUCAGAAGUGACUCACAAACGCAGUGACGAGACGUCGUGGGGUCCAUGGGUAACCACAGGAUCUACUGGUACAGAAGGAACCCACGAGCUGACAGGCCUGUCGUCUGCAACAAACUACUCGGUAAAGUUCAGGGUGAGAAACUCACAGGGAUGGAGUGAUUCCGCUGAAGCAAAGGGGAGAACACUAACAGGGAAUGCACCAUCUAAUUCACCACUCGGAGCGGCAAUUGGAGGAACCAUUGGAGCUCUUGUGUUUGUAGGCGUGGUAGCAGCAGCAGGGUUUUUCGUAUACAGGAGACGCCUACCUAGCAAGGAGGAUGCUCCUCUGCGCCCACCCGUUCCUAAGAGACAAAAUUAUAAAGACGACGAUACCCCACUUGGAGCUAUUGGGCCUGAGGCAUCCCCGGUCGUGAAACCAAAAACUCCACUAAGACCCAAACGGCCAAGACAUUCAAGAACGGGCAGUGGCCGCGGCGCUAAAGCUUCACCAGUCCCCAUUGACUUCCGCCAACCGAUCCCCAUCGCCAGUCUGGAGAGUGAGUUUGCCCGGAGGCAUGCCAAUGACGACCAGUUGUUUAAUGAAGAAUAUGCUGCACUACCUAAAGUCCUGGGGAAAGAACAUGCUGAGGCGUAUUACGACGAGGAACAUGCCCCAAAGAACAAGUUCAGGAACAUCAUUGCAUAUGACAAUGGCCUUGUGAAGCUGGCACCUAUUGAUGGCGUUCCCGGAUCCACCUACGUUAAUGCAUCUUUCAUGGACGGAUACAAAGAGCCGGGUAAAUUCAUCGCAUCGCAGG